CUUGUGGCAGCUUCCUUUACUCAGCUGCGCCGCUGGUGUAGUGGUAUCAUGCAAGAUUCCCAUUCUUGCGACCCGGGUUCGAUUCCCGGGCGGCGCAUAUGAUUGUUUUCCCUUUUUCCGAUCUCUGGAACCGGCUCCAGCUCACCGCAGCCAGGAAGAGCAGAGCAGUCUUGAGGGAAGUAGGAAGCACCGGUUCCGGUGCAAGGAGAGACAGGCUCUCUGAAAACACUGGCGCGCAGUGGUGACGCGGUUCCUAACCAAGAGGCGUCCAUAAACCAGCAGCAUCGGCCGCCGGGGCCCCUCUCGGGGCUGCGGACCCACCCUUUAAGGGGUGUCGCGCGUCCUUGUGUCAGUUGUCCGACUCCCGGCAGCGCGGUGGCGAUGCUGGUGGCGGCGGCCGCGGAGCGAAACAAGGAGCCCAUCCUGCGCGUGCUGCAGCAGUACGUGGACCCCGCGCAACGCGGCGUCCGCGUGCUCGAGGUGGCCUCUGGUUCCGGCCAGCACGCCGUGCACUUCGCGCGGGCCUUCCCGCACGCGGAGUGGCAGCCGUCCGACGUGGACCAGCGCUGCCUGGAAAGCAUCGCCGCCACCACGCAAGCCCAGGGUCUGUCUAACGUGAAGGCCCCGCUGUACCUGGACGUGACCUGGGAGUGGGAGCACUGGGGAGGGAUCCUGCCGCACUCGCUGGACCUGCUGCUCUGCAUCAACAUGAGCCACAUCAGUCCCUUAAGCUGCACCAAGGGGCUUUUCAGAGCUGCUGGACAUCUGCUCAAACCCAAGGCUCUGCUCAUCACCUAUGGGCCCUAUGCAGUCAAUGGGAAGAUCUACCCCCAGAGCAACGUGGACUUUGACUUGACCCUAAGAUGCAGGAACCCAGAGUGGGGACUGAGGGACACAGCCCUUCUUGAGGACCUGGGUCAGGCCAGUGGCCUGCUCCUGGAGAAGAUGGUGGACAUGCCAGCCAACAACAAGUGCCUGAUUUUCCGGAAAGAAUGAAUCCUCCCCUUCAUCCUGCGUGCAUGUGCCCAAGUCUGGGCACAAACCAGAACUCCAUCCCUAUCUCCCAGGACCAGGUUUCUGGAAUGACCAGCCCCACCAGUCUGGGCUCGUGGAACCUGGGCCCAGACUGCCUUGGAAUAAAGCACUUUCUGCUGCCCA